AGUUGUUGACAGUAACUAGAGCAACAACGCAAUGAAAGCCCACGUGCACCUGCACGGCUCUCGUCCUCUCAUUGGUCAGCAGGUGAUUACCAGGAUUGGCUGUAAGGAGAUUUAGCUAAUUUAGCUUUAGCUAAGAGGUGAAACGGGAAGCGUUCCUCUGAGACUCGACGACGGCGACGCUCGCAGUCAACAAAACGGAGCAAGUAUGAGCUAACGGGGACACCCAAGGCUUUAGAAACCUCCGUGACUCGGUGUUGGGGGGCGAUCAAAGAGGGAGUUGUGGCAGACAUGGUGGAGGUGUUUUCCGGCCGGACACUUCUGAACAAAGACGGUGACUUCGUCGACCCGGAGGAGGCGCUGAGGAACAAAGUGGUGGGCAUUUACUUCUCUGCCGGAUGGUGUCUUCCGUGCCAGGACUUCACCCCGGUCCUGUGUGACUUCUACACGGAGCUGGUGGAUGAGAGCGACCCUGCUCAGUUUGAGAUAGUAUUCGUCUCCUCGGACAAGUCUCCCGACGACAUGGUGGAAUAUUAUCACGACAUGCACGGAGACUGGCUGGCUUUACCCUGGACGGAUGAAUACAAGCAUGAGUUGAAGCAGCGCUACAACGUCACAGCCGUUCCCAGACUUGUGAUCGUGAAGGAGAAUGGCGACGUAAUCACCGACAAGGGCAGGAAGCAGAUCCGAGAGCGAGGCCUGGCUUGCUUCAGGUCCUGGCUGGAUGCUGCGGAGAUCUUCCAGAACUUUAAGGGUUAGAGGAAAAGUCAAAACGAAACUCGAGAGUCGAACAAAGCCUGUAAAAAUGUUUCUGCUCUCAGUUGCCAGAAGUAAAGAUAAAAUAACCGAACAAACAAAAGGUUUGUUUUAAAUACUAAAUUAUCUUUAUUUUUGAUCAAAAUUAAACAUAAAAAAGUAAACUGUACUUUAUUUUUGCUGCUUUCAAGUCAUAAUGUGAUAACAGCUUUGGAAAAAACAUUGCUUUAAUUGCACAUCUUUAUCAAACAUCCUAUGCAUUUAAGAUAAAUCUCAGGCUUAUCCAUUAGGGAAAUUAUGUCUUUAGCUGUUCAGUUUAUUUUAAAUAACACUGUUUUUUAAAGCUUCUGCUUAUUCCCUUUUAUUAAAGACAUUUUUCUGGC